GGAGGGCAGGGGUAGGAGUAGGAGGGAAUGGGAAGAAAGAUGAGAAGAGAGCCGAGAAAAUGGAGUGUUUGAGUCAUGCUGUCACAUCUGAAGCUAAACCAGUGUCCAGAAAGUAAGACCUCUGUCUGGCUCUCUCUCCCUCCAUCCUCCCCUCUCUCUCUCCCUCUAUCCUGACAGUCUAUUCCUCUCUCUCUCUCUCUCUCUCUCUCUCCCCAUUCUGACAGUCUCAUUCAGCCCGAACGAUGAGGUUUUCCAGUCAACCUGCAAACAGAUGUGGAAGCAGCUGCUUCUCUCACCGCCCGACGACGCCGGACAGAUCAGCCUGGAGCCGGACGGCAGCGGCGUGCCGUCUCAACCAGCAGUGAGCUGUCCAUCUUGGCCGAUCUCUCCACAGUCCGCUCUCUCCACUUGGUGAAGAUGUAGUCUGUUUGCUCUAUAUGGAGAUGUCUCCAAACACUGUCUCCUCUGUCUCGUUGCCAUGGUCACUGUGGUUGCUGUUCUUUCUGGCCCCCGUCACCCAGACAACAAGCUCCGCGACCUCAUCUGAAACUUCACUGCCGGUCAUCACCACGCUGCUGUUCGACAGCGACGCCCCGGGCAACAACCUGCGGAACUGCAGCUGCACCACACCCAUCCGGGACUGCGACGAGGCUCUGGCCAACUCGCUGUGCAGCUGUCACACUGUUUUGCGCUCCGCUCUGCUCCCUGCCGGGCUCAGAGAGCCUGGACCACUCACUGUGUGGGUAAAGGAGCUCUGGGUCCUGAAGGAGCUUCUGAACAGGAGCACCGUUGGCCAUUUGCAGGUGUCUUUUUGUGGAAUAGAGCCAAUGGACAGUGAGUACCUGGCUCUGCUAGGUCUGAAGACCCUCAAGAUCCACAGCGCAGUACCAGACGCUCCCUACCCCAACCAGGAAAUGACAAUCUCCCCAGCAGCAGGGGUUGCAGUGGAACUUGAGGCCCUCUCCUUUGACUUCUCCUCUUUCUUCCAUGUGACCUUCCUGGAUGUAGCAGUUCUCAAUGGCCUCUCUGCCCUGAAGGCAUACAGUGUGGUGGGACCAGCUGCUCACACUCUCUCCCAGCAGUUCCCCCACCUGGCCUUGCCCCUUUCUCUGGCUCUGCCACCCUCCGCCGCUUCUGAUCACCCUACGGAUCCCAGUGAGCAGGCUGCAGAGCCUCCGCACAAUCUGCUUUUAACUUUUGUCUACUAACAACAAGCGUCCAUUCACGGACAUGGUCCGGUUUGCAGGAAAAGUGACAAAUGAUGCAGAGGAAAAGUGGCAGAUGUGGAUUAUAAUAACCUGAUGCAUGACCGGCUGCUGUACCGUCAGUCUGGCCCAAAGGUGGCUUUGAACAGAGAUGCUGACAUGUCUCUCACACUGAUGCUUUUACUUAAAGGAGACGAUUGACUUCAGAACUCUUGCUACUGCUUUUUUUGGCCUCGAAAUGUCUGCGUUCAUAACGCAGACGGACACAAGGUUUGGGAAUAUUUACACCAGCUACAAUUUCAAGUCUUAACACAGCAUAGUUUGGGUAUCGUCCCAUAACAUAGGGAAUGUUGAUUUGCUAACCAGGAAGCUGUAACAACCCCGAUUCUUACAUCACAAAUGAUCUGCUCCAGUUAGAAGCAAUGCUUUGACACUGCUAAUUUCCACAGACUUCUAAACCAUGGGUAUACAGUGUGUUAUAGUUAUAUACAGGAGAGUGUUUUAAUGCUGUACAGGUUCUGAUUACAAAUGUUGGUACCACUUAAGACAUCCAAUUAUUUAAUUGAUAAAGGCUUCCCUUUAAAGGGGUUAGAAGCUGUAACUGAUAGUAACUAUAUAAAUGUGUGUAAAAAGUUAUUCUGUGCGAAUGGGCUGCGUGAAACACAGACGUGAAGAUGAUGUCGAUCAUCGGGCUGUGAGUGCAGUUGUGUUUCUAGACUGUACAAUUUUUAUUCCAACAGGUAAUGACCAUUUCAAUAUUCCGUUUUCCCCACGCUUCCAAUUUUGAAUCCAAAAGUGACAUCCCUAGUAAAGUAGGUAAAAUCCACGAAUAAGAGUAAGUUUUGGGGUUGCCAGUUUGUGAAAUACCUGGUGUUUAUCCCUUCUCUUUGUUAAUAAUGCAGUUGCUAAUUAAAUAAUACAUGCUUAUUGGCAUCUUAUUGGUAUCUACAAGCUGGUAGAGGUGGGCAAUAUGGCAAAAAUAUCAUAUCACUAUUUUUCAUGUUGGUUUUGAAGACUAUCUUGCAAGUUACUGAACAUUACAGCCAAACUAAUUUACAUGUUAAAAAAAUAUGGAUAGCCCUACAAAUGCAACACUGUAAAGCCAAGUUAAGGGUUCUUUUCUCAACAUUCAGAACAUUAAUAUGUCAGCGAGCUGAUAUUUGCUCUGUAAAGAUAUAGAAUAUAAUGCUGUUAGCGCAUCACCCCUCCCUCUCCGGGUGUAAUCAGCUGAUAUGAGUUAGCUAGUGGGAGCACUAUUGCCGUUGUUAGCUCAGGGCUAGCAUUGCACUUCUGUAUGCAGGGGAAACACUGAAACCAUAGCGACUGAUGUGCACUGUAGCACAAUGCUAACGAUCUCUCUAAAGUCCUGGAGACAUCGUUCACGCUCUAAUAUUACAUAUCACACACCCCAACCUGGCAUCCCAAAACUUCUACUAAUUAAAUAGCAUGACUUUUAAAUGAUCCAUAAAGCAUUAGUAAAUUAUGUCAUAACUCAAUAUAAAAGGAGCUUAUACAAAUAGAGUGAAAGCAAGCUGUUAACACGGCUCAGUAGUCAGGAUGAUGAGAGUGAAUACUUUUUACACAUAAGUCUAAUAUAUGUUCUUAGCGACUCCCAAAAUCACUUGUCUGCAGAUAUCGGCCUACUCGUAAAGAAUACUCUGUGUCCAUUUUAAACACCACGUAGCUGGAAUAUGAAGGUAAAUAUGGUGCAAAUGGAAGAGAGCGCGUAAAUGCGAUGUGAGCACUUGUAAAAUAUGAUUUGAGCGCAUGUAGAAAAAAAUCUGUACUGUAGAAACCCCGCUGUCCUGCUGUUUUUCUACAAGCUCUCAAAUCAUAUUCUACAAGUGCUCACAUCACAUCUACGAGUACAGAUUUUUUUUUACAAGCUCUCAAAUCAUAUUCUACAAGUGCUCACAUCGCAUCUACGCGCUCUCACAUUUGCACCAUAUUUAACUUCACGCUGGAAGCCACACAGGCAGGCGACUCGUGAUGUUUCAUCCCUAGCUGGCCCUGAAAAUGUUGGUUCUGCUUAAAAAGCUGUUUCCAUUCAUACCUGUCACCGACACCAUCCUGGCAUGAUCAGAUGGCACACGGGUCUAACAGUAGCCACAACGGUCCAGAAAGACUGUGGUCUGACACACCAUCUGCUACAACAAUAUCUGAGACAAGCUACAGGCGGGAGGUGUUCCAGCUGCCAAGUGGGUGUUAGCUCUUUAUCAACCGCUCCCAUCCAGGUGGUGUCAGAUGCAGUAUAUCGGGGCAGCAGAAUAGCAUGGACGGUAGGGAGGAGGCGACUAGACUUUGGCCAGUCUGAACGGCUGCAGUUGAGUUUUACAUGAAGACAGAUGACGGCAAAAUAAGUAAAUGAGUGGAGGAACAUGACAAAUGUGGACGCAUCCAUAGACAAGGACUCACGGAAUGGUUUGAGUCUGUAAAUGAGGGACCAUGAUGUUCAUCCCUCCGAGACUUUGAACCUACGUGUGGAUGACGGGAAUCCUGUCCCCAGCUAAAGACCGGGACAAACUCUGCUAACUUAGGGACCAGCAGAGGUACCCCAGUGGGUCUCAGGGUCUUACAAAGUGACAGGGAUUUAAUUAACAGGGACCCUAGUUGGUUAUAUCGUACGGAAGCGUAUUGCUGCCAUAUAUUAUAAAGCAAAACAUAUAGUAUCAUGUUAUAAUGUGAAAAGUUUUCUAAUACCGAGACGAUUUUCACAUUAUAAGAAGAUUAUAUUCUAACGUUCUUACAAAAUAUUUUAAGGUCAUUACAUACAAACUUGCAUACAAAUUUUUGUUCCUUUUACAAAAGUUUAUUUUUUUAUUUUUGGGGGGAAUUCUGAUGAAAAAGAAUUCUGAUGUUUUUGUCGCCUUUUUCCAGUUUUUAUUGCCAAUUCUUUUCAUAGUUUUUGUGACGUUUUUCAAGUAUUUGCGCUUCUUCCGUAAAUAUUUAUUCGAUUUCUCCAACAUUUGUUGCCUUUUGACGUUUUUUCAAGUUUUUUUUCCUCAACCCUCGCCUCCCCAAUGUUGAACCCAAAGUUAGUUCUUCGUGAUAAUUCAUAGUGUAACAUGCAACGUUUCACAUUACAACAUGAUCAUUUAUCUUUGUAGGAAACUCCUGUUUGAAUGACGACAGCGUGCAGAAUUAAAUAUGUCUGACAUGCAUAACUUGAUGAAGUCCUACGUCAUGCUCGAGCUAAGACUGAUUCUUCCUUCUGUACAGCCCCGUCCAGUAAAACAUCCAUCCUCAAUAGCAGCAGAAUCUUGUCAUGUCUUCUGUAAAUUUGGCCUUGGAUUAAUGGGCUGGAUUAAUUAAUUACCCAUUUAGGUUAAAACCAGGCCGAAUCUCAAAGGAUUUUUUUAGGCUAUGUUUACACUCCGUUUUUACUUUUUUUAAGCCACCUUCGUCCGUUUUACAUUAUAAUCCUGUGGAGUAAACCAUGUGUUUUUUUUACUACUAAUGCACGCUUAUCCACUGUUUCUUGUCAAGAAAGACACCUAGUGUGAACAUAGCCUAAGAUGUCUGGGUUAUGUGGUCUGCUUCCCGACUGCAGCAUGUGACAGGUCUUGUGUAGGUCACCUGCUGAACAGUGCUGUGGGGAAAGCAGAAAGCAAAAGGACAAAUUCCUGCAUUGGGGAUUAAUAUAGCAUCCUAAAAAAAAACAAGAUGUACUGUGGCAGCUGAGAGCAGUGAACACUUGCUGGAACCAAUCCAAAUAAUCCAGUGUGGGGUCGGAGUCCGCACCAGAGCUGGAUGAUACUCUUGUGUCUGGGAGGGAGUUUUGAGUGUUACGCUACUUUGUUGAGUGAUAGUAAAAGUGGUCUGUUAUCGAGGUAAGGACAUCUGCCCGUGCUAAAAACAAAGAAGAAUGUGUAAGAAAACAAAAAAAAAUCGUAAGACAAGGACUGUGUUAGUCUGCUGUGGUGUGAGCUGAUGGAGCGGCGCAGUAGGCUCAUCUGCUGCAGUUUUUCCAGCUGGUCUUAUUGAGUGCAGAUGGUCUAAUAAAACAAGUUGUUCUGAAACAGGUUUUAAAUGGACGGCCAAUAAACAACAGUCCCAGGGUUAGGAUCCAUCUCUCACCAGCCAACACAUCUCACUCUGGUUAGAUCAAAACAACGGACUUUUGGGAUCUCUGGGGAGUUAUUAAGCCACUUAGAGCCAAGUUGGCAGGGCUCUGUGAGAGUGAAAAAGAAUCAUGUUGGCCCUAAUUCAGGAAACCAGUCUGAAUAUCCCUACAUUUUCUUGAAUGGUCUGUGUUAUUCUGUAGAUGGUUUUUGCAGUCACUUCAACCAAAUGAGAGAGGAAUUAGAAGGCAGUUUGAAAAAGCGGGAUUGAACGUGUACCAACUUUCUUUUCCGAAAAGGUUUCAUGCUCUCUCUCUCUCUUCUCUCUCUCUUCUCUAUCUCUCUCUUUGGGGUUCCAGCUCAUAUCCUGUGAAAGACUGUGUUAAAGCUGCUCUCACAAACACAGUCUGGAGCCAACACUUCUGUUCCGCAGAUCCUUCAGCGUGUGUGUGUGUGUGUGUGUGUGUGUGUGUGUGUGUGUGUGUGGUGUGGUGUGUGUGUUGUGUGUGGUGUGUGUGUUGUUGUGGGUGUGUUUGAUUUAUCUUCCUUUUGCCAACAUCCCAGUGAAUGUGUCACUCAUGAUCCCAGUUCAUUUAGAUGCUAGGCCCCAUCACAGUUGCAGCACUGCAGAUGCAAUGUGUUGCAGUAUAAGUGCUAAGUUGUGAAGGAAGCUUGUGUUGUAUUACUUUCCUUCUAAUCCAUCGUAAUCCUUUUUAUAUAGAAAGAAAGCAAAGCCCACAUUUGCAGGACUUGCGGCUCAGUUGCUCCCCACCCAAAAGAAGCUGCUUUAGUGUUGGGACUUUGCACCAUGUUGAGUGCCUCCCUUUUAAGUAUGAGAUAAAGUUCACAUGCUAAUUAAAAUGUGGAUUUUUUUUUUUUAAAGUGUACUCUGUGGAGUGUGAGAAGGUUGAUAAAUGACCUAACAAACCGAAACUAAAACCACAAGGCAUCAGAUAAAUGAUACUUUAGAUUGUAGGAAAAACACAUUUUGCACAUCUCCUGUAAGUUUCUAAAGGGUUUUUGUGAAGUCCUUAUGCCGGGAUGUCACAAAUCUUCUCCCCUUCUGCUUUCUGUGCUAUCAAUUGUGAUUAUUUUAAAGAAACACACGUUUAUUUUUGUGAAUAUUCAAUGUGUCAUGUGUCCAAAUUGCACCAAAUUGAUUUGAUUUGAUCCUUGGGUUGCAUUGCAGUACUGCCAAGUGUGAAGCACUGUUCACGGUUGUAGAGAUAUUCAAAGGACACGCACACACACCCACACAAAAUUCCUUUUCUUUAUAGUUAGAUGUAUAUUUUUUCCCUGCAUCCUGGCACUGAAUGCACUUUCUUACUGUGUCUUCACAUAUGAUAAGGACACAGGAGGGUGACUAUAACUCCUAGGAGUUUUUAAAAACCUCCAUGCUCUUUUUCUAACUGUGGCUCUUUCUUUGUUGAAUGGAAACACAUUUUAUUAUGCAACAGGCUGAAUUAAAUUCCUGUGUAACUGCUAUGAGCGCAGUCUGGUUCAGAAAAAGUAAUUGCUCUCUGUACAUAUAAAAGAGUCGGUACUAAAAUGCAGUGUUGCACUGUAACAAAUACUUUGUUACUGUACUUCCUUAAAGUACAAUUUUCACAUAUGCGUACUUAACUUCACUAUUUAUAUUUACGGAAAAUGUUACUUUUACUCCAUUGCAUUUCCUGAAUAAAAUGUAUACUUUUACUCCACUACAUUUCCCCUAAGCAUCUUAGUUACUCGUUACUACAAAAUAAAAAGCCGAAGAAAUGUGUUGCACUAGAAACUAGCAUUGCUCCUGGAUUGCACGCUCCAUUCCACUUGGUGAUGUAAUGCCUUUUGUUGCCAAGCGGCAAAACCAAAAAAAAAACAUAGGCCAAAACUAAAGAAGAAGAGGAGAAAGCAUAAUAACUGAUAGCGUCAUGGAGGCACCUGGUGCAAGCUCUGGUAAUGAAGAUAUAGUUACACACCUUUAGCCCAUAAGUUCAUAACCAAAGUUUUCUUCUUCCUUGAAUAUCAGAAGUUGACUUUUGCUACUUGCAGUACAUGUCAGAUACUUUAAGGCAGUAACAUUUUAAUAGGUGACUUUAACUUCUACCAAAAGUCAAUUUCUGGGAAGAUACUUGUAAUUAGUCAAGUACUCAAGGGGUGGCAGUAGCUCAGUCCAUAGGGAGUUGGGCUGGGGACCGGAGGGUCACUGGUUCAAGUCCCCGUGUGGACCAAAAAGUAGAGAGUGUGGAUUGGUGGCUGGAGAGCUGCCACUUCACCUCCUGGGCACUGCCAGGUGCUGUGGAGCAAGGCACCGUACCCGCCCCACCCCCCACCCACUCGGGGCACUGAUUCAGCUUGCAGCCCACUCACUCUGACAUCUCUCCAUUAGUGCAUGUAUAGAUCCUGAACGUGUGUGUGUGUGUAGUUCAGGACUGUGUGUGUGACUACUAACAAGUGUGGACACAGAGUGUAAAUUGUAAUUUCCCCAUUGGGGAUUAAUAAACAGAUUAAAAUUAAAAUUUAUACAAGACAUUACACCAACAUUCACACAUGGCUCAGCGCAGUAACAGACGGUGAGUACAGCUUUAACAUUGGAGCUCUGACCGAAUCCGCCUUUAGUCACUCCUGUCUGGUGAACACACACCUCCACAAGCCACCUCUUAAUGGUUUUCAGACGGGGUGUUUCAGAACAGGCCGUAAGACUCCCGUCGGAGCACAUCACACAACGUCUGGAACAUUCCACCCCAAAAUGGGUGAAAAUGAGAUCACUGGGGUUUUUUUGGGUUUGACGUCACUCACUUGAGUCGGAGCCUUUCCUUUCCUUCCUUCUCUCGUGAUCUGCCAUACAGCACCUUAAAUGUUUGCAUCAGGGAAUGUAAAUGAAUGAAAUACAAAAAACAGAAAUGCCUUCAAAUUAUUUUACAACCAUGGGUGAAUCAUGUACUGUUUAAGGGUCAGAUUGUGUAUUUGGAAAUUGCUUGGAAGGUUUGAUUUGUAUAUAAUUUGGCUUAUAAUUGUGUAUAAAUGAAAAGACGACGCGGAUGGUUGCUUUUGUUUCGCACACUUUCUCCCUCUGUAAAGUCGGACGUAAUAAACCUUUUUAAAAACUG